UUGGAUUCCGAUCGGCUGCCAUCUUAGGCGAGGAGUUGUCGCCUUCCUGGCAGGGUUAUUGUGAGGAUAAAAUGGAGGAGAGGAGAGCUGGGUACACCACCCUCAAAUCCUUGGAGGAAGGAGCUCCCAUGGACAAGGUUCAUGAACCUUCUUGUGGUAUGGCUGGUAAUGGGUCAAGAUCAGAGUCUGUCAGUGGACUAACUAUGAAAUCACAACUUCAGGUCACUGUUAUUUCUGCAAAGUUGAAAGAGAACAAAAACAAAUGGUUUGGACCUAGCCCUUAUGUGGAAGUAUCAGUAGAUGGACAGUCAAAGAAGACAGAAAAAUGCAACAAUACUAAUAGCCCAAAAUGGAAACAACAUCUUACAGUAAUUGUCACUCCAGUCAGCAAACUAAAUUUUCGGGUAUGGAGUCACCAAACAUUGAAAUCUGAUGUCUUACUGGGAAGUGCCACUCUAGAUGUUCAUGCAACACUCAAAGCAAACAAUAUGAAGCUUGAAGAAGUGAUCGUGACCUUGCUUCUUGUUGGUGACAAAGAACCAGUUGAAGUGAUUGGAGACUUGUCUGUUUGUUUAGAUGGCAUGCAAAUAGAUCCUGAACUGCUUACUAAUGGGGAUGCUUCAAGUAUAAGAAGUCCCACACAGAAUGAUGGCUCCAGAGCAAAAAAUGAAACAAGGAAUAAUACCCACAGUCCGGAAAGCAUCAAGGCUUCUGGGUCUAGUGAAAGCAGGGUGGCUAAUGGUAAUGAUUCUCCUUUAAUUGUAAAUGGAGGUUUUAAGCCUUCUAGACCCCCCAGACCUUCUCGACCACCUCCACCCACUCCUCGAAGACCAUCUGCUCCAUCUGCAUGUCCCAAUGGCCCUUCAUCUGCAUCCCCGGAACCAGAAGGGGCCAGUACAGGCCUGGUGCCAACCUCAACUGCAAGUGCUGGGUUAGAACAAAACCUCGAAGGGUCAAUAUCAGGAGCAGUUGUACCUGCAGCAGCUGCUUUGACUACACCACCAGUGUCCAGACAAGUUCAGCCAGUAACUCCUGCAUCACAACCACAUCAUCCAGCCAGUCAAGGUCCUCUUCCACCUGGUUGGGAGCAAAGAAUGGACCAGCAUGGUCGAGUGUAUUAUGUAGAUCAUGUUGAAAAAAGAACCACGUGGGACAGGCCAGAGCCUCUUCCUCCAGGCUGGGAACGCAGAGUUGACAACAUGGGACGGAUUUAUUAUGUCGACCACUUUACCAGAACAACAACCUGGCAGAGACCAACUUUAGAAUCUGUUCGGAAUUAUGAACAAUGGCAGCUUCAACGCAGCCAGCUUCAAGGAGCUAUGCAGCAGUUUAAUCAGAGAUUCAUUUAUGGGAAUCAAGAUUUCACUCAGAACAAAGAAUUUGACCCUCUUGGUCCUCUGCCACAUGGAUGGGAAAAGAGAACAGACAGCAAUGGCAGGGUAUAUUUCGUAAAUCAUAAUACUCGCAUUACACAGUGGGAAGAUCCCAGAAGCCAAGGUCAGUUGAAUGAGAAACCUUUACCAGAGGGCUGGGAGAUGAGAUUUACUGUGGAUGGAAUUCCAUAUUUUGUUGAUCACAAUAGAAGAACAACCACCUAUAUAGAUCCUCGUACUGGAAAAUCUGCUCUAGACAAUGGACCUCAGAUAGCCUAUGUUCGUGAUUUCAAAGCAAAAGUCCAGUAUUUCCGGUUUUGGUGUCAGCAAUUGGCUAUGCCCCAGCACAUAAAAAUCACAGUGAGCAGAAAGACGUUGUUUGAAGACUCCUUCCAACAGAUAAUGAGUCUCAGCCCUCAGGACUUACGAAGACGCUUGUGGGUCAUCUUCCCUGGAGAAGAAGGAUUAGAUUAUGGUGGUGUUGCACGGGAAUGGUUCUUUCUGUUGUCGCAUGAAGUGCUGAAUCCAAUGUAUUGCCUGUUUGAAUAUGCAGGGAAGGAUAACUACUGCCUACAGAUAAACCCAGCUUCUUACAUCAAUCCGGACCACCUGAAAUACUUCCGCUUUAUUGGCAGAUUUAUUGCCAUGGCAUUGUUUCAUGGGAAAUUUAUAGACACAGGUUUUUCUCUACCAUUCUACAAACGUAUGCUCAACAAACCAGUGGGACUAAAAGAUUUAGAAUCCAUUGAUCCUGAAUUUUACAAUUCGCUCAUCUGGGUAAAGGAAAACAAUAUUGAAGAAUGCGGAUUGGAAAUGUAUUUCUCAGUUGAUAAAGAAAUUCUGGGAGAAAUUAAGAGCCAUGACUUAAAGCCCAAUGGCAGUAACAUCUUGGUUACUGAGGAGAACAAGGAAGAAUAUAUUAGGCUAGUAGCAGAAUGGCGGCUUUCCCGGGGUGUUGAAGAACAGACCCAAGCUUUCUUUGAGGGCUUCAAUGAGAUUUUACCACAGACAUAUUUGCAAUACUUUGAUGCCAAGGAACUAGAGGUGCUUUUAUGUGGCAUGCAGGAGAUUGACUUAACUGACUGGCAAAGGCAUGCCAUCUACCGGCAUUACACCAGAACAAGCAAACAAAUUGUGUGGUUUUGGCAGUUUGUAAAGGAAAUAGAUAAUGAGAAGAGAAUGAGACUGCUACAGUUUGUUACUGGAACAUGCCGAUUACCAGUUGGAGGAUUUGCUGAUCUCAUGGGGAGUAAUGGACCCCAAAAGUUUUGUAUUGAAAAAGUUGGUAAAGAAAACUGGUUACCUAGAAGCCAUACUUGUUUCAACCGCUUGGACUUACCACCAUACAAGAGUUAUGAACAACUGAAGGAGAAGCUUUUGUUUGCCAUAGAAGAGACGGAAGGAUUUGGGCAAGAGUAGCCAUUGAUGGGAUUUGCACCCAAAGAACAUGAAUUCAUAUAUGGUGUGCAUUUUCUCUGCCUCUGCUUGUUGCACAUCUUAUUGUAAAGAAGACUUGACCUUGAUUUUAUUUAAUAAUUGCUAGUGUGUAAGUAAAUGGAUGUUAUGCCCACUAAUUAAUAAUUUCUCCUCAGUUAUUUGAGAAAUCCAAAAUGAUACUUCUAUUUAAAAAAAAAACCCUAACAUGAGGCUUGCUAUAUUUCUGGGUCUUGGGUUGGGUUCAUUAACUGGAAUGAUUUUUUAAAAAAAGAACUACUCCUUUUGCCUUUCCAUUUUAGUAGCAUCAUUUUGCUGCUGAUGCACUGGAAAGUCCAUUGGUAGCUGCAGUGCUGCAGCAUCCUUAUUUCUAAUAGCACUUGCUUGCAAUCAGCUUGGGGAUACUGCUAGCAGAGAUCCCCUGCUUGUGUUAACCGUUUCUUACCCAAGUGUGGCUUGACUGUUUCUACCUUCCAAAAGCUUAUUCCCAUGUCAUCUCAGCUAGCCAUAUGGAGAGGCAUGUGAAACAAAUGUACUCAUCCAAGACUCAGCACUGUUAAUUUUAGCAUGAGAAUCCCAUUUCUCUACAUUUGAUUUAGUUUCCACAUAAUCCACGCAAUCUGUGCAUUUUUAAAACUUUGUUUAUGAUACACUAAGGUGAAUUUGAAAGAAAACACUGGGACUCUGCAACAAAUUCAUUUGUGAUGAAAGCUCAACACACAAAACUGACCAAUGAACUAGACUCAGCUGUCAAUGCUAGGGUUUUUUCUAGCAGCAAGGCUAUGGCUUACUAGUACCCAGUAAAAAUAAACAGAAGUCUUGUGGCACUUUAAUGACUGACACUUCUUUAUUCCAGCAUAAGCUUUCAUGGGCUACAUCUUGUUGGAAAUAAAAGUUGUAAAUAGCAGAAGUAAGGUGCAAGAAAUCCUGGGACCAUAGGGUAUGAUAUUCUGUAAAAGAUGGGAAAAAAACUGUAACAGCAGUAAUUGGUAACAAUAUAAUCUCCCUAAUUUUGCUACCACAUUAACGCCUGUAAUGGUUGAGGAACACCCAGGUCAUUUUUAGUCUGGGGAAAUGAUUCUUAAGGCAUUCUAAUUCUACUCAUGGCCUUUUAGACUAUUCUCUUCACAGCUUUCGUCUUCAGAUCUGCCUUGCCGCUUCACACCACACACAUCUGACAAAGUAGGAUCUUGUGCACCAAAGUUUAUGCCUGGAAUAAAAAUGUGUUAGUGUUGAAAGUGCCACAAGAUUCCUCUUCAUUGCUACAACUGAAUGACACCUCCAUUGCCACUUACGACAGUAUUUUAAAUAUGCUCCCAUUUUGAAAGGAAAGCACUUUGUUCUUGUCUCCAGCUUAUUGCCUUGUAUCCUUUCCUCCAGGUUGUUGUAUUUCAGAGGUGUGCAUGCUGCUCUGAACCUAUAUAGGAGAGAUGGUGACACUUGAAACAGCAAUGGUGCAUGCUUAUAUACUGGCAUUGUUCUAUUGUAUGAGGGGAACAAAAUUAUUUGAAAGCUGGUCAAGAUGGUCAAAGAACUGAUAAAGCGGACUCUUACUUUGGUAGCAAAUAUCUACCCAUUCAGACUUGAGGGGAAAGAUCAGGGUGGCAUUCCAGGUAUUGAAAGCCGUUUUUGAAAGUGACUGGUCUUGAGAGCUUUUCUAAGAGAGUAAUGUGUACCAUCCAUUUUCCUUGCAAGAAAGGAGAAUGACAGGCGAUGCCAGCAUUUCCUCCCUUCCAGGAUGCGUUUUAAAGAAUACAUGUAAAAGUUGUUCUCUCCCAAUAAUGACCCACUUCUUCCAUUAGUAGAGGGUGUUAUAGGGCACAUGUGUGAAUUCUAGGGCUGUGUCUGCUUAUGCCACCUGCCGGAACACCUGAUAGUUGUAUUAGAAGUAUAGCUGAUGGGGGAAGAAAAAGCCUUAGAAAUACUUUGUGUAUUGAUUUUAAUAAAUCUUAGCUAUCUAACAUUUAUAAGACAGAAAUGGAAUUAAGUGAGGUAAUGAGUAACUAUGGCAAAUAGUUCAUGUUCUACAUAAUGUUUCAUAAUUUGUAUAGGGACUUAGAAUAAUGUUAAUGUAUAAAUAUCACUCAAAAGGCUUUCUGCCCUAUAUUUUUAAAUAAAGGAUAGUUCUCAUUGAAACUGCCAAAGCCCUAGUUCUAUAGGGUAUGGCUGUUUAGUAUUUUUAUGGAUCAAAUGUUUAGUUCUGAAACUGGUAAAUGCUUGUAUAUAUUUUUGCAGUCUAGGGUCUAGCGUGUUCAGUUUCUUUUAAUUUAAAUGGCAAACGUGUUUGUCUUGACUGCUGUAUUCCAUGGGAAAUGGGGGCUGGAUAUCCCAAGCACAGGAAAGUAUUUUAAGCACUCGGGAUAUUUAACAAAUGAAAUUUUGACCAUGAAGUGUUGUUUCAAAUAGAUUUACUGUAAGCAUUAUGCUAGCAAUAUCUCCAAAAUCAGGAUAAAAGUUUAUUUAAAAUUCCCUUUGCUUUGUAAAUUCUGUUCAUGCCAUGUUAUGUUGCAAUAAUAAAAAGUAAUUUGAGCAGUUGGUGCACUCUUCUCAUUGUGGUAACCUGGGAGAUUUGCCGAAGUACAGUCGGGUUUGCUGGGUGGCUGUCUGGGGUAAAUUGGGCUGUGAACAAUGCUUUCCAUAAGAUCAGGACUUGUCUGCUUUCACCAGAUUCAACAGCUUAUGGACAGCAAUAACUACCACAUGCUAUUGCAUGCAUUUAAGGAUUUCACAGUCUGAUUUGACAUACAACUAUUUGAAACUUUGCCUUAUAAAAACACACUUCAGUAUACGGAUCUUAAUUUUCUCUAAGCCUUAUAUUUCUGAAUAGCUCAGGAUAGAUUUUAUGAAAUCUGCAUUUCCAAUUCAGCGUGUAAGAUUUCAUGACCCAUCACUACUUUAUUGUAAACAAAAAUUCUGGUUCAUAACCGUCAUACAUACAUGGUGUAUUAGGUUUGAAACUGAAACUGCUGUCAGUGCGUUGGUAUCUCCAGCCCCUUUUGUGAGGAGGUCUGUUGCAUAUUUUUUCCAGAAUCAAUGUUAUAUAUAUGUGCCCAAGCUAAUUAAUAUAUGAAUUGGAACCAGAGGCACUGGACUGUAAAAUACUGUACUGGAAUCCCAUUGUUGAAUUUUCCUUGAACUGUUAACCUCAAAUACUCAGGUAACUGUUAAAGUCUCUCACCAAGUCAAACUUUUAUAAAAGUACUAAAAAGCUGG